UGUUCUGUACUCACCCCGCCCGGGGGGCCGCGCCGGGGCCCGGCGGCCUCUCAGGGCCGCGUCCUCCGGCGGCGGCGGCGACGGCGGCUGCUCCGGAGCCCCAUGUCCGUCGGUCCGUCCUCGCCUCUCCCCGGGGCCCGGGGCCCGGGGCCGGGGGGUCGGGCUGCCCCCCCGCCUCGCCGCCUCACCGGGCGGCCAUGGCCCCUUCCCCUCCCUUCUCGUCCCGUCGCCGCCUCCUCCUCCUCACCUCACCCCGCCCGCGCGCAGUCCGCGCGCCGUCCGCGCGCCCCUCCCCCCGCCCCCCACUCCAGCCCGCCUCUCCCGGGCGGGGGGUGCGGCGCGAGCCCGGAGCGCGCGCGCGUGCCGCGACCGGAGGAUGGAUGGAUGGAGCGAGCGAGGACGCGAGCGUGCGCGCGCGCGCCCCUCUCCCCCCUCCCUCGGCGCGGGCGCGAGGCCAGGCGCGAGCGCGCUCCAACCUCCUCCUCUUCCUCCUCCCGCCCCUCCUCAACACCCCGCCCUCGCCCUCCCUUCCUCUUCCUCCUUUCGCUUUCGCGCGCCCAGCGACUGCUCGCGCCUGCUAGAAGGGCCCGAGCGCGUGCAUCUGCCCCGCGGCCGCAGCUCGGCAGCAUUUGCUCCAGGGGGCGGGGACCGGGAGGGGAGGAGGGGCGCCACGCCGCCGUCCAAAGUACCGGCGGACGGGACCUGGGGCGGGGAGAUGGGUGGGGCCUCCGUAGACGAGUCCGGCCAAUCGCGGAGUGUCCUCGGCCCGGGAGGCCCAAUAGGCUCGAGAUCCCACACCUGCUCGCCUUUCCUGCUUCCGGAGCCCACGCUGGACCCUCCACCUCUCAGACAGACUGCUUAGCACUGGCCAGACUCUGCCUACACUAAAAGCUGCUCCGCUGGGAGUGGCCUUACCCUCCAUCUCUCGCCUCUUUAGCUUCGGGAGGAAAGGUCCUUUUCUCAGCCACCCAAGGUGUUUAGAUCUGCGCUCACAUGUACGUGGCCGUGUCUACAGCCUCGAGACUUUUGCGUGCCAGGCCUCUAGCUUCAGAUAAAAUUAAACUCUGGAAUCACGUACUUUGA